GACGGCGUGACGAUGGCCUUCAAAGACUGGGCCACACUGCUCACUGUCACGGCAGUCUUAAUACAGUUAUCGAGAAGUCAGACGAGCCUGGUAAAGGACAGCUCUCUGCUCAGGUUCACCCAUCAUUUAUAUAAUGCUAGCAUCAAUGAGAACUCUCCGCCCAGGACCUACGUGGAAAGCCCCAUUCGAAUGGGUAUCGUAGUAACAGAUCCUUUCUGGGAGAUCAAGUACAAAAUUGUCGCCGGAGAUGACGACGAACUUUUUAAAGCAGAAGAGGUCUCUUUGGGAGACUUCUGUUUUCUGCGCAUAAAAACACGAAGCAGCAAUUCCGCUCUGCUUAACAGAGAGGUGCGGGACGCCUACACUCUCACCGUCGAGGCCAAGGAGAGCACUUAUGAAUAUCAAGCGAGAACAAAAGUAUCGAUUCAGGUGCUGGAUACGAACGACCUGAAACCGCUUUUCUAUCCUGCCUCUUACAAUGUGGUAAUCAAGGAAGAUACGCCGCUGAAAUCAAGCGUUGUGAAAGUUAGCGCGACGGACGCAGACAUUGGCAGCAACGCUGAGUUUUAUUAUUCUUUCACAACCACAUCUCACCCAUUUGCUGUAGACCCUUUUACUGGGAUUGUCACCCUUGUCAAAAAGCUCAAUGCCGGUCAGAGAGACAGGUAUGACCUCACGGUUUUGGCAGAGGACAGGACAAAGAAAAUAUCUGGAGUGCAGAAAUUUGGCAAUGUUGCGAGAGUCGCCAUUACGGUUCAGAAAAUAACUGAAAACAUUUCUCUUGCCAACCACAUCAGAUUCAUGGCACCUCAAACAGACGAUGAGGGAAUUACCGUGAAUGUCAUUGUGGAGCCUCAGGCAAAGCGAAACCUUGCCACUUUGAGUAUUGUUGAAGAGGAUCAGCUGAAGUGUUUUGAGAUUAUACCAUCCAGUUUGCAGGGUAGUGACUUUCAAGUGGUCUCCACAAAAAGGAUUAACUGGUCACAAAACCCAUUUGGAUUAAAUAUCUCGCUUCAAGCGAAAGAGAGAGGCAAUAUCCCCUUGCUAACCCCAAUAAAGAAUAUCCAUAUUCCCUCACCCCAAACUGCACCACUGACAUUCUUGAAAGAAAUAUAUCACGUUGCCCUUAGUGAAUUUUCCCCUCUUAAAAGUUACGUAGUCCGAGUAUCAGUGCAUCCAACUCUCUCAAAUGUCACUUACCAAAUCAGUGCUAACUCUGACAGUGAUAAAUUCAAAAUUAAUGGCAAGACAGGCGUAAUCGUGACCUCAGAGUACCUCGAUUUUGAAAAGAGAUCUCAUUACGAGUUUGAUGUGGUUGCAAAUCACGGGGAAGCCGUGACACACGUCAUAGUUGACGUCGUCGAUGAAAACGACAGCAUCCCUAAAUUCACUUCAGCUUCUUACCAGGCCACGCUACCAGAAAACGUGCCUAUAGGAACGAGCAUCUUAGCAGUCAGUGCCAUAGACUUGGACAUGGGAAACAAUGGUUUUGUGACUUAUGCGAUUGCCAAUACUGCUCCAGUGCCUUUCGCCAUAGAUCCAUUCACUGGGGUUAUUUCCACCUCAGAGGAGUUUGACUAUGAGCUCAUGAAAAGGCAUUAUCACCUCAGAAUUUGGGCCUCUGAUAGUGGCAGCCCCUUCAGCCACGUGAGCGAGUGUGCCGUCACCGUCACCAUGUCUAACAUAAAUGACAACGUGCCUUUAUUUGAGACGGCAGCGUGCAAUGCGUCCAUACCGCGAGACUUCGCUGCAGGCGAAACCAUUGUGGAGAUGACGGCCAUCGAUCUGGAUGAGCUGGAGCAGAUCCGAUACAGCAUUGUGUCGGGGAACGAUCACGGGCUGUUUGAGAUUGACCCCGUCUCUGGCAACAUCACGCUGGCCAGACCCAUCCCUGUAGACUUUGCUGAGACAGGAAGUCCUUCCUAUGUGCUGAAAAUAACAGCAACAGAUGGAAAAUAUAGCUCUGACCCUACCACUGUUACCAUUCAUGUCACAGACAAGGACAAAACAGCCACUACUCAUUGCAAAGAAAUAGGAGUUUUAAAACAAUUGACAGAAAAACUAAUUGAAUCUAUGAAGCCAGUACUGAGCAUCCAAGAAGAGGACCUGAUCUCUGAUAUUCAUAUCAUAAAUCGCCACUCCCCUAAGUUUUCGCUUGGCAUUCCAAGUUCCAUCGAUGUCAAGGAAGACUUUCCUCUAAAUUCAACUAUAAUGCACUUUAAAGCCACUGAUAUUGACUCUGGGUUCAAUGGGAAGCUAAUCUAUGCUAUCUCAAGUGGGAAUGAAGAUGGAUGUUUCACUAUUGACAUCAACACAGGGGAACUCAAGAUUGUUUGUACAUUAGACAGGGAGGUUAAGGAGUUUUACAUUUUGAAUAUAACGGUCAGUGAUUUAGGCACUCCCCAGUAUUCUGCAUGGAAAUUCAUAGCUAUUAAUGUUUUGGAUGUAAAUGACAAUGCACCAUUAUUUGAGCAGCCAAGGUACGUGCUGACCAUUCCUGAGAGCGCAGAAGCUGAAACGAGCAUCUUUCAAGUGCACGCGAUGGACUUUGACAAAGAUGACAAUGGGGCCGUCAAAUAUUCCCUUUUGACGUUCACCGAUUUGUUUAGGAUCGACGAAAUCACUGGAGAGGUGAAAGUGACUGGCCGUUUGGACAGGGAGACCCAACCCAGAUACAACUUAAAGAUUGAAGCCAGAGAUCAAGCAAAAGAAGACCCACAGCUCUUGUCAAUGACAGAACUGGUGGUUGCCUUGGAGGACAUUAAUGAUAAUCCUCCCAAGUUUGUACCCAAGGUCUACAAGAUAAAAGUCCCUGAAGAUAUUCCUUCAGGAACAGUUUUGCUGUGGGUUGAAAGCUAUGACUUGGACCUUGGCAGUGGAGGACUGGUAAGCUACAACCUGAAGAACAGCGAGAAUGGUGUCUUUCUCUUGGAUUCGUCCACAGGCUUAUUGACGCUGGGGAAAGAACUAGACUUUGAGAGGAAACAGUUUUAUAACCUUACCGUUCGUGCUGUGGACCACGGUCAGCCCAGAUCCUUGUCGUCCUCUUGCUUUGUAGAAGUGGAGGUUCUGGACGUGAAUGAAAAUCUGAACCGUCCAGUCUUUACCUCGUUUGUGCACAGUGCUCAUGUGAUGGAGGAUGCUGAAGUAGGCACUUCAGUCUUGACUCUCACAGCGGUUGACAAGGACGCAGGGAGAGACGGAGUGGUCCGAUACCGUAUUCACGACGGCACGGGACUCGGAAUCUUCACCAUCGACGAGGAAACAGGUGUAAUUCGAACCGCAGACGUUUUGGAUCGUGAGGCUGUACCUCACUACUGGCUGACUGUUUAUGUUACGGAUUUGGGCACUGUGCCCCUGGAGUCCUGGACAGAUGUGUAUAUUGAAGUGCUUGAUGUCAAUGACAAUCCUCCAGAAUUGUCCCAGCCUGUCUACUUUGCCUCUGUCCAAGAAAAUGCGCCCAAGGACAAAUCUGUUUUGCAUGUGGCUGCCACAGACGUGGACAAGGCCUCUGAAGGGAAAUUAACCUUCCAGAUUCAAGAAUCUCAGCGCACCUAUUUCGACAUCAACUCCAGGACAGGUGUGAUCCGAACCCUCUCUCCCCUGGACCGGGAACAAAAAGCGGAGCACAUUAUUGAAGUGAUAGUGUCUGAUAACGGUGCUCCUGCCCUACGCUCCACUGCCACCGUGGUCAUCCAGGUCCUGGACAAGAAUGAUAACAGCCCUCAGUUCAGCCAUAAACUCUUCCAGGUCAAGCUGGCCGAACAGCACGACACAGACCAACCUCAGGACGUUUACAGGAUGGUCGCCCGUGACGAUGACGAAGGUCCAAAUGGCAUGAUAACAUACAGCCUGGAAGACAGUUUGGAGGGAAGGUUUGACAUUGAUCCAACCACCGGAGUGGUGACCUCGAGAGGAGACUUUGGAGCGGGAAACUACAGUAUCCUAACGGUUGAAGCAACAGAUGACGGUAAUCCUGCCAGGACGUCCAAAGCUCGGCUUCACAUUGAGUGGCUGCCCAAGCCCCCGCCCAGUUCUGACACGCUGGCCUUUGAUGAGGCCCAUUUCACCUUCGCUGUCAUGGAAACGGAUCCUGUCACUCAAUUGGUCGGGAUUAUCAGUACAGAGAUCACCCAGGGUCCUCUGUGGUUUGACAUCAUAGGUGGCGAUGAAGACAAAGAUUUUUACAUUGAGAAGAACACAGGAAGUAUUGGGAUAGCAAGGCCCUUGGAUGCAGGCAAACGGUCCAAUUACAAUCUUACGGUCAGAGUUACUGAUGGAUCUCAGGUGAUCACAACACAGGCCUACAUUCGGGUGCUGGACAUGAACGAACAUCGUCCCAUGUUUCUGAAGAGUCUCUAUGAGGUCAGGGUUCCAGAGGAUACUGCCCCAUGGAAGGAGAUCCUGCAAAUCAGUGCCCAAGAUGCAGACACCAACAGCAGACUGGUCUAUUCUAUCCACAGUAGCCUUCACCCAGAGAGCAUCAAUCACUUUCACAUCGACCCCAAGAGUGGCAUACUCGUCCUGACAGAACAGUUGGACUUUGAGACCAUUUCAAGGCACAAGCUUGUUGUGAUGGUCAGAGAUCAGGAGAUCCCAAUAAAAAAGAACUACGUUAGGGCUAUUAUCCAUGUGGAGGACUGCAAUGACCACACUCCAACCUUUAUGAGCACUCGCUAUGAGGGCACUAUCAGUAACCUUGCCCCUGCUGGAGCCGAGGUGCUCCGAGUCAAAGCACUUGAUAAGGACAAAGGCAGCAAUGCUGAGAUUGUCUAUUCAUUUCAUUCAGGCAACGCAGAUGGAGUUUUUGACAUUGACCAGGAGACAGGCACUAUAAGCGUAGUGAAGCCUUUGGACCACUUUGUUCAGGAGCAGUACCAUCUCACAGUAAAAGCGACCGACCAGGGUUUCCCACAGCGUAGUGACCUGUGUCCAAUCUACAUCCACGUGAAGCUCUCCGAUCAGACACCGCCCAAAUUCUCCUCCGAGGAGUACUUCACAGAGAUAAGUGAAGCUAGCCCGCUUAGCUCACCUGUUAUUUCUGUAUCCGCCAGCUGCCCAUCUGCUGUGCAUUACAGGAUCAAAGACGGAGACCCGAAUGGGACUUUCCAUAUAAAUUCCAACUCUGGGCUGAUCUCUAUCCAAAAGGCACUCAAUUUCGAAGAGUGCCUCUCUUAUCGUCUGCAAGUAAGAGCCACCUCCACCACUGGAGCCUCAGUGGAUGCUGUGGUGUAUGUUUAUGUCAUUGACGAAAACGACAACCCCCCUCUUUUUGUCAAAGAGAAAUAUUACGGACAGAUUAGCGAGUCCGCACACGUAAACAGCAUGGUAAUGGGGGACAGCAACACGCCCCUUGUGAUCAGGGCCACAGACGCAGACAAAGACUCCAACGCUCUUUUGGUCUUUCAAAUUCUUGAGCCUGAGGCACAGAAGGUGUUCAGAAUAGACCCGAGCAUGGGCACAAUCUCUCUGAUAUCUACAAUUGACUUUGAAGCCACUCCUGAGUUUCAUUUCACUGUCCAAGUGCACGACUCCGGGGAGCCACCUCUUAGCGCUGCAAAGCCAGCCACAGUAACCAUUCGUGUCCUAGAUUUCAAUGACAGCCCUCCCAAAUUUAACAUGUCUGUCUAUGAGGGUUCCAUCAAUUUCCCUAUUUUCAGGGACAUGAAAGUCAUCCAGGUAUCAGCCUAUGACCCAGAUUCAACUGUAUCGUAUAGUAUAAUCGAUGGUAAUUCAGAUAAUGCCUUUGAUAUACGCUCCUCAACUGGGACAAUCUUGGUGAACGACACGUCUCAUUUUCAAACAAAUUAUCAGCUAAAAAUUAUGGCCUACGACGGUUUAUACAAAGACACCGCUCUGGUGAAAAUUAAUGUCACCAAUGUAACAGAGAGCAGUCUGAAAUUUGAGGAGAGGCCACAUGCACCCAUAGUUUUAGAAAACACUCCGAUUGUGAAAACUCUGGCUGUUAUGAGAGCUACAGGUAAUUAUUUGAAUGAGCCAUUAAUAUAUACUGUUUUGCACCCAGAUGAUAAAUUUUCCAUCAUUGAGACUUCAGGAGUCUUGCAGACCACUGGCGUGCCUUUUGACAGAGAGGAGCAGGAUGAGUAUGAUGUAACGGUGGAGGUGCGAGACACGAGGAGUCCUCCACGUAGAGCCGUUACGAACGUGAAGGUCUAUAUAGAUGACGUAAACGACAACGCACCUUCUUUCUCGAAUUUGCCCCAUUCGCUAAUGAUCUCAGAGGAAACUGAACCGGGGGAUGUACUCUUCCAAGUGGUGGCGACGGACAAGGACACUGGCGAAAAUGGAUCAGUAAUAUAUUUGCUUGAGGAAGACUUUGACCUCUUUAGGAUAGACCCAUAUCUAGGCGACGUGUCCCUUAACAGACCUCUAGACUUUGAAUCGAUGAAUAAAUACACUCUUAGAGUGUUGGCCACAGAUGAGGGAGAGCCUCGUUUAUCGAAUGUGGCGGAACUCUACGUACAGGUUAGAAACCGGUCUCACCCGAUAUUUCAGAGUUUGUUUUACCCUUUGAAAUUACCUGAAAACAUUGCUCCCUUCACAACCAUCCUGCAUGUGCAGGCAAGAAACCCAGAGGGAUAUCGCAUCAUUUACAAUCUCGAAGAGGAGAACGCUUCCAAGAACUUCCACAUCGACUUUAGAACAGGAAUCUUAAGCGUCACCGACUCUUUAGACUAUGAGACUCAAACAAAACACCUGUUGACUGUCCGUGCCACGGAUUCAGUGACGGGAUCUUUCUCCGAGGCAAAAGUAGAGAUAGAGAUAGAGGAUGUUAAUGAUAAUCCUCCUGUCUUUCAGAAGCACACUUACACAGUACAGAUACCAGAAGGCUUGCCAACAGCCACAUCAGUAAUCCAGAUUCUGGCCACUGACGGAGACUCUGGAAGUAAUGGAGAUGUAUCCUAUCAAAUACUAGGCACGGGGAAAAACGAAACGGACUUUUUUGAAAUCGACCCUCUCACCGGACUUUUAGUAACAUCACAAGUCCUGGACUAUGAGACUAUCCAACAGUUCCAACUGAAAGUCAGAGCCACAGACAAUGGCGUGCCAGCUCUCAGCAGUGAAGCUCAUAUUGUUGUGAAUGUCACCGAUAUCAACGACAACCCCCCGAAUUUCAACAAGGACCAGUAUCAAGCCUCAGUUGAUGAAAUGGCCACAUGCGGUCACAUAGUCGUCAAAGUUCAGGCUUCCGAUCCCGACAGUACAGAUGAUCUCCAGUAUAAAAUACUCACAGGAAAUGAAGGGAGGUAUUUUGCUAUCAAUGAGUCGUCUGGCCUUAUCUCUUUCUCCAACACUUGCAAGAGGAAUGUGGAUCCGUUUUAUAACCUCACAGUGGCCGUAUCUGACGGGGUGUUUCAAAAGACAGCUCCAGUUAACAUUGACAUGACUAAUGGUAACAAGCACAGUCCUUAUUUUAACCAAGACAUUUAUGAGGCUGAACUGGCCGAGAACGCAGAGCCGGGAACCCGCGUGAUCCGACUGGCUGCUAUUGACCCUGAUGAUGGGCCGUAUGGUAGCGUGGACUACACCAUUAUUAACAAGCUCGCGGAUGAAAAAUUCUCCAUUGACAACAAAGGGCAAAUUGUGACUUCUCAGUCUUUGGACCGGGAAAACCCGUUACAAAGAGUGAUUGCCAUCAAGGUUAUGGCCAAGGACGGUGGGGGCAGAGUUGCUUUUUGCACAGUAAAGAUCAUUUUGACUGAUGAGAAUGACAAUGUCCCUCAGUUCAAAGCCUCCGAGUACCAGGUUUCCAUUCAGUCCACUGUAAAUAAAGGUUCCCCAGUUAUUCAGAUAAUGGCUUAUGAUGCAGAUGAUGGCAAAAAUGCAGAUGUGACCUACACAGUGGAUGAGGCAGAAGAAGUGACUGAGGACGUUAUCGAAAUCAACCCGUUCACCGGCAUAGUCAGCGUGAAAGAGAGCCUUGAAGGUUUGGAGAAUAAGAUCUUCAGGUUCAAGGUGCAAGCUCGAGAUGGGAACAUUCCGUUUCACAACUCAACAGUGCCUGUGCAGGUCAAAGUGGUCCCGCCAGAAGUACCCCUGCCCAGGUUUACAGAACCACUGUACACAUUCUCGGCUUCUGAAGACAUACCUCUGGGAUACGAGAUUGGAACGGUUAAGGCUGAUGCGGAUAUGCCGUUGAUAUAUAGCUUGGUGGAUGGCAAUACAGUGGAGAGUAACAAAGACAAAGUGUUUGCUGUGGACAGGGAAAGUGGCACCUUAGUUGUGCAGAAGAGCAUAGAUCAUGAGAAAACCAAGUGGUAUCAGAUUGACGUUAUUGCCCAAGGCAAUCAUAACGGUACCAAAGUAGCUUCUUUGGUGUCGGUGAACAUCCAAGUCCAAGAUGUGAAUGAUAAUCAACCCGUGUUCGAUGCCGAUCCGUACCAGGCCUUUUUGGCAGAAAACAUGCCGGCUGGAACCACGGUCAUCCAAGUAACUGCAAACGAUCCUGACACGGACACCAACGGACAGGUAACGUAUAGGCUAGAACCGGAACGGGAUGAUGUCAGCGACCUCUUCACCAUCGACCCUGACACUGGUUGGAUCACUACGCUGAAAGAGACCGACUGCGAGACCAAUCAGUCUUAUAGGUUCUAUGUUGUGGCAAACGAUCACGGUGGCAAAGUCAAGCUUUCCUCGUCUGCUCUCGUCGAGGUGACCAUCAACGAUGAGAAUGACAAUCCGCCACAGUUCACAGAGGAACUGUACCAAGGAUCCAUCAUGGAGAACAGCAAGCCCGGCGAGGUCAUUGUCACUUUGACCACCGUCGACAAGGAUGUGUCCACUGACAACAGACAAGUCACAUCAUACAUAAUGGAUGGGGAUCCACUGGACCAGUUUUCCAUUGUGCAAACAGGGGAGGAGUGGAAGUUGACCGUUGAAGGUUCUCUUGACAGAGAAGCAAAAGACAAACACACCCUCAAGAUAAUAGCCACAGAUGGAAGAUUUCAAGCCUCUGCCACUGUGGAGGUCCAUGUCCUUGACAUCAAUGACAACAGUCCUCUUUGUGAACAAGUGAUUUACACUGAAGCUGUUAUGGAGAAUUCCCCGUCGGGCUUGUUCAUUUUAAAAGUGUCAGCCUCUGACCCCGACAUUGGCACCAAUGGACAAGUGUCAUUCACCCUUCACGGUCCCAAUGCAGACAAGUUCCAUCUCAACCAGAAAACUGGGGAGUUGUUCACUCUCGGCAUUUUGGACCGUGAGAAGGAGUCGGAAUAUGACUUGGUUGUCAAGGCGACUGACGGAGGAGGGCGAUCCUGUCAGGCAGAUGUUGUGCUUAUGAUACAGGACAUGAAUGACAACCCUCCCAGGUUCACCACCAAUCACUACGAAGUCACCGUGUUUGACAACACCACUGUUAGGACACCCAUUGCUGUCAUCUACGCAAAAGACCCAGACACUGGUAUAAACUCAGAGGUGAGAUAUUCCCUCCAAGGCAUGGACAGUGGCUUCUUCUCCUUGGACGAGACCUCCGGGAUCCUGAGACUGGAGAGAUCUCUGGCCGACGAGGACCAGUCGACCUUUGACCUGAAGGUUAAAGCCACGGAUCGCGGCCUACCCCGCCAUUUGUCUUCCGUAGCCACGGUUACCGUCCAUGUGGUCGACCUUAGUGACUAUCAGCCGGUGUUUCACAGCUCUGAAUACGCCGCGCAGAUCCCCGAGUCCACGCCCGUCGGUACGGAAGUGCUCAGCGUAUCAGCUUCCACCAGGGAAGGCACUGGAAACGAACCUGUGGUCUACUCUAUUGUCUCUGGCAAUGAGGAUGGAAAGUUCCUCAUCAAUCCAGUCACAGGUGUGCUGUCUGUGAACGCUUCUUUGGACUUUGAGCUCAGUCGGGAGUAUUACCUGUCAGUGGAAGGGUCCAGAGGCAAGGCGUCUCUCAGUGACGUUGCCAUGGUGAUUAUCAACAUCACCGACAUCAACGAUAACCCGCCGGUCUUCAGCCGCGGUGACUACAGUGCUGAGGUCGGGGAGGACGUCUCGCCCGGGGACGUGGUGAUGCAGGUGCUGGCCGAUGACCUCGACGGAGGAUUAAACAGUCUCAUCCAUUACUCCAUUGUGAGUGGGGACCCUCAGCAACAGUUUAGUAUCGAUCCUCGCAGCGGCCAGAUCCGAGUCAGAUCCAUGUUGGAUCGGGAAGAGAUACCACACUACUCUUUGACUGUCCAAGCUACGGAUGGGGGGGAUCCCCCUUUGUCAACCGCCGUGCAAGUAACCGUGACCGUUUCCGACGUCAACGAUAACCCACCCGUUUUCUCGCAGAUCAACCACAGUCUGGUUCUACAGGAAGGGGAGGCGGUGGGAAGUGGCGUCCUACAACUGGUGGUGACUGACAGAGACACACCUCGCAAUGGUCCCCCUUUCUCCUUUCACAUCGCCUCUGGGAACGAAGACCGAAGUUUCCACGUUGACCAAGGUGGUCUGCUCUCUGUCGCUUCACCAUUGAAAAAGAGAAAGAAGUCCCAGUACACUCUGAAAGUCCAGGUUACUGACAGCGGCCACCCCCCACGCUCAUCCAUAUGUGUGGUUAAGAUCAACGUCACAGAGCAAAGCAAGUAUCCUCCUACCGUCGCCCCUCUGGAGGUCUUCAUAACCACCACGGGACAGAUCUUGUCCCAACGAGUCAUCGGUAAGCUCCACGCCUCAGACCAGGACCUCCAUGACGUUCUGUCCUACACCCUUGUGUCUGAGUUGCCCGUCGGAGGCUUUUUCUCCGUCGAUUCGGCGGACGGGAAGUUAGUGGCGGAGGAGAGCCUGGAGCCCGGCCUGUACUCUCUGAACGUCAGCGUGUCCGACGGGAAGUUCACCGUCACGACCGGGGUGAAAGUUCACGUGUGGGCUGCAGACCGGCUGGCUCUGGAUCAUGGGUUCACCAUAAAGCUCGACGGCCUGUCGGCGGAGGAGUUCGUGGGCGAUCACUGGAGGAGUCUCCAGCGCAGCCUGAGCUCGGAGCUUGGCUUCCCCAGGCAGGAGCUGCGCAUCGCCAGCCUGCAACAGGACUCUGCCUCCCCUGCCCUGGAGGUGCUGCUCGUGCGGAGGCUUCAGGACGGCUCUGCGGAGUCCGUUCCCAGUCAGCGCCUGGCCAAAGCCAUCUCGAACACGGAGCAAAGCCUGGGUCUAAACGUUCAGAGGAUUCUUUACGAUGGAUGCGUGGGAACGGAAUGCCCACCCCUGGGAUGCAGAAACUCUGUACUCAUGGAUCAUGAAAGGGUUAACCACUUUGCCACGGCGCGAACCAACUUCAUCACUCCUCAGCACAAGUGGGAAAGCGCUUGCUCUUGCAAUGAAUCAGCCAUAAGAUUCGAUGAGGAUGAUUACCUGAAAUACCUGUACAGGAUGGAUGAGGAAAUGCAGAGAUUCCAUCUGUCCUUACGGUUCAAAACGUACCAGGCGGAGGCCCACAUCAUGACCACCAGUCCCUCAGACUGGGGAUCCCUUCAGCUCAGUGACGGGCAGCUGCAGUUCAGAUACCGCUGCGGAAACGCGCUGCCCGGCAGCCUGUGGGUGCGCGGCCUCCCCGUGGCAGAUGGCCGGUGGCAUCACGCGUCCCUGGAGGUGAACGGAACGUCUCUGCGCCUGACCGUAGACCGCACCCAGUCCAACUCCGUCACGCUGUCUGAGCCCUGUAAGCUAACCCGGUCCCGCGGCUCCCUGCUCUUCUCCGGGCCGGCCUCCAGCUCCAGCCCGGGACUCUCCGCUCAGCUCAGCGCGCAGGGCUUCAAAGGCUGUCUGGACGGCCUGGAGUUCAACGGAGAGCGACUGAGGACAGAGGAGUGGGCGGCCGGGCCCGAGUCUGGGCCCCAGAGGAACCGAGUCUUGGGGAAAUUCAAGUGCUGUUCCAGAGUGGACGGGUGCGCCAACAACCCCUGUGAGAACGGGGGAACGUGCGAGGAGACCAGCAACGGAGUGUUGCGGUGUAGCUGUCCGCUGCAGUUUUUUGGAGAUCGUUGCGAGCAAGACAACAACCCCUGCGUCUCCCGGCCCUGCACUCAUGGGAGCCUGUGUCAGCCAAAAGCUGAUGGGUACAUUUGUAAAUGCCCUGAGCACAAUGCUGGAAGCAGGUGUGAUCACUGCUUCCCAAACGCUUGCCCCAGCGAUUUUAACUGUAACAUGACUGAGGGAACCAUCCACUGUAACCGUGUCUGGCGGUCUGUGAAGGUAUCCGGUGGCAUAGGCCACAUCGAGAUCGCCGGGAUUUGCGCGGGCGCGGUCGGAAUGUUGUUCCUGGUGGCGAUAUUUGUGCUCGUGCGCAAACGCUACGUCAAACAGAAGAAACAAACGCCGGUGUGCGUUCAAGACUCCAACGGCUACUUCCCGACCAAGGUGACCAAGAGCAUGAUGGACGGCGGCGAGGACACGCCCCCCAUGGAGAUGAGCACUCUGAUUGGCUCGAGGAACGACCUAGACAGCAGCCCCUUCCGCUCGCUGAAGGACCGUGAGCAGCGCGAGCCUGGCGCCCAGGUGUGGCCACGGGCACAGAAGACUCAUGGCCCUGUGGUGUGCAGCGUGGCCCCAAAUCUCCCCCCUCCCCCCUCCACCAGCUCCGACAACGAGUCCAUUGUGAAAAACAACUGGGAAAAUGACUAUGAAGUCUACCCUGCGGAUCCUGACUACUUUGGGCGCCCACCCGUUCAGGAGUUCCCUCAGUUCGACAUUGGGGAGGCCACGUACGCGUCCACGGAGUCCAGGCGAAACUCUCGAUUCGGGGGUUUCCCUUUUCCCCUGGAACGCAACGACAGGCGAGCUCCGCUGCCCCCUUGCUACAGCAACCAGAACCUGGACGACUUUCUGGGUCCGGACGGGUUGCCCUUGCCUAGUUCCCAGUGUCCCAACGAAUACACGGCCAUUAGCUACUACCCGACCCAGCACGCGCGCAGCAUGGACAACGUGUCGAGCGGGAACUACCACAGACUCAGCAUGCGUCUGAGCGUGGCCCAGCCGUCCUACGCGGACAUGUCACACGCCGGCCCCGCCCAGACGGGCCCCCCGGGCCGGGGCCCCCGCAGCUACGCCGGCUCCGACAUGGUGGAGAGCGACUACGGCAGCUGCGAAGAGGUGAUGUUCUAA